AUGUUGGGUUCAGGGGGACAUACAAUGGAAAUGCUAUCGCUUCUCCAAGCGCUACCGCGUAACGAGUAUGGCCCCCUGGUCUGUAUGGCGUCGUCGGGCGAUAAAAUGAGCCUAGAAAAGGCGAGUACGGUCCUUUCCGAUGCUUUGGCAUCGCAGCAUCCGUGGCAAGGGAUGGUUCUGCCGCGUGCGCGCAACGUCGGGCAGACGUGGACCUCCACGCCUUGGUCCGUCCUGCGUAGCAUGGCGUAUGCGGUAUGGUACAUAGGGUUUGCGCCCUACCUGCAUGGCUAUACAGAUCGUGCCUGUGCAGAUAUCUUGCUGAUGAAUGGACCAGCUACCUGCGUGCCUUUGGUUGUGGCAGUAUGGUGUGCAAGAAUAUGUGGAUGCCCAGCCCCACGUAUGAUCUAUGUGGAAUCCAUCGCUCGCGUAUCUACGCUCUCAUUAACAGGUCGCCUCCUUCGGCAUGUUGUGGAUGUCUUUGUCGUCCAGUGGCCCACAGCGGAUCCCACAGCUUUUCCGUGGGGGGAUAUCGGAGUGUUGGUCAGUUGA